UUGUAUUCCCACAUAAACCCCUCUGCACAGAUACCCCCGUCGUUAUACAUAACGGCUGCCAACGAUUCCGGCCGGAGAUGGAUUUCACAGCGCUGGAAUUGAGGGCAUUGUGCCAGGAUCUAGGGCAUAGAGAGGUCCCUGUCUCCGGCAGUAAUAACGAUGAACGAAUUGCAGCAGCUGUCGUCGGUGGUACUCGACAUUGCUGUUUCCACACACAAUUCUCAAGAGGGAUGCCUGCAAUAGAAACCGCCAUUAAAGCCAUCUUCUUCUGCUUCCUCAUUCAUUCUCACAGCUCUCAUACCACAUGUAAACGAAGGAGAUUUAAUUCCUAUCCGUUGAAUCAAUGCAUACCUGAUGAAUCCGCCAUUAACGAUGGGUUUCGAAGCUUGCUGAGUAGAUGGUCCCUCGCCCACUCGGAUCUUCCAGUGUCUUGCUUGAAGACUGCUUCCUUUUUUAUUCCGUAGGGAUGCUUAUCUUCUGAAUUGUGAAGGGGAUUUUACAACUCGAACUUGUAGCUUUGGUGGAAAGAGCGAAAGAAGAUAACUUCGACGAGAUUGUGUUGUUCUUUGUCUUGAAUCUGUCUGAGAGUCUGUUUGGAUGGCACUCUGAAUGAUAAUGGAUUGGAACGUUGCCUGACCCAUGUGCAUUUUGAGAAGCAGAGACAUCUCUCUCAAAAUGCAAACUGCAAAAGCUACUAAAAUGAGAUGCAGUAAAAGCAUGCUUGAGCCAUUAUCUUCCCAUUUCUGAAUUGGGAUGGUGGAUAUUUCAAACCUCAUCAAUCGAUACUGUAUUUGGGUAGAAAUGAAUGACCAUCUUAGGGCCUCUUUGGAUGUACGAGAGCCAACUGAUAUGCAUUUUGCAGAAAAGGAGCCGAUUUGAGGCGAUUCACCUGGACGGGAUGUGCUUAACGCUCCCAUCCAAGAAAUCCACCUUGAAUGAGAAUGAGCUGAAAACAAGGUUGUUAUGAUCACAUUCUCAAUGGGGACAGUGGCUGCACGCUUCCAUCUGAAUUUGGGGACAUUCCGAACAGAUUUUUUGUUGCAAUUGAAGCGAGGGUCAGAGCCGUGGCCUCGUGAUUGCAGCACGAAGAACCGUCCAAUUGAGCUAUACCAUCUCAACCCCAGCUAUAUUUGAUCAACUCUCACAACAUGGGAGGUGGGACAAUUCAGGUUUUGGGUUUCCCUUCGAAUGUGAGUGCGGAAAAUGUGAAGGAGUUUUUUGAGAGAUACACGGGUGAGGGGACUGUUUAUGCACUUAAGGUUAGACCACCCAAGGCCAUCAGCCCAAGAUCAAGCACAUUCGUGAUCAUUCAAUUCACAACGAGUAGUUGUGCCAAAGAUAUAACCGCUAUGGCUAAUCAGCGGCAGCUGUCGUAUGAGGGUUCUGUUCUUAAAACCCGAGAUGCGGCACGUGAUAUCGUGCCGAAGCCAAGGACCACAAUGUUUAAGUUCGAACCUGCGACUCUGCAUUUCGGCUGUCAGAUUACGGACGAAAGUUUUUCUGCUCUUUGGAGUGUCAGCAACGUUGAAGUUAACUUUGAUUUCCAUCUGCAAAAAUUGAAGUUCUUACUGACUUGUCACAGUGUCCAGUACAAGCUUGAACUCUUUUAUGGCAACAUUUGGCAAAUCCAGCUGCGCCACUCACAUGGACAAGCUGCUAAGUUUCUCUUGAUACAGUUGCAAGCUGCUCUGCGGAUUUACAAGAAGCCUCUGAUCAGUCAAUCUAUAUAUGAAGAUCCUAAUUUAAACUACUUCAAGGACAUAUCAAGCAAUCAUUGGGUCAGAGCAACCGAUUUCUCUCCGUCAUCUGCAAUCGGCCAAUCUUCUGCAUUGUGUUUGGAAAUUCCAUACGGCUGCAGGCUUCCUGAUAUCCAUGAGAACUUUGUAUGUUUUAAAGAAAUUGAAGGCCAAUUUGUCUUGGAGAGCGGUUUUUCCUUCUCUCAUGGUUUGAAUCUUGUCCCCAUUGUUGGGCCUCACCAGAGGAUUCAAUUACCAUAUACAAUUCUGUUCAAGGUAAACAGUUUGGUUCAGAAUGGGAUCAUCAUAGGGCCCACACUCGAUGACGAUUUCUUUAGGUUGCUCGAUCCUCGUCUGGUAUCUAUUCACUAUGUGGAACAUGCCCUGGAGAGUCUAUCACAUCUAAAAGAUUCCUGCUUCGAACCUGCAAAAUGGCUUCACGAGCAGUAUGGAAACUACUGUGCAUCCCGCCAUCCUCCAAAAUCCACCACCAUUUCAUUGAAUCCAGGUUUGGUCUAUGUCCACAGGGUUCAAAUCACCCCCACGAAAGUGUACUUUUGCAGGCCUGAGGUCAGCAUCUCGAAUCGUGUAUUACGCGAGUAUGCUGAAGAUAUAGAUAACUUCCUUCGUGUUACUUUCGUUGAUGAGGAUUCGGAAAAAAUACGGUCGACGGAUUUGGUACUGCGGGCAGUUCUGGCAAAUGGUGAACAGCACACUGAUGUUUAUAGAAGGAUACUCUCCACUUUGAGAAAUGGCAUAGUUAUUGGUGAUAAGAAGUUUGAAUUUCUCGCAUUCUCUUCAAGUCAAUUAAAGGAGAAUUCUGCAUGGAUGUUUGCAGCAAGGUGUGGACUCAAUGCAGCUGGUAUAAGGAAGUGGAUGGGAGACUUUAGUAAGAUAAGGAACGUGGCAAAAUAUGCGGCCCGAUUGGGUCAAUCGUUUGGGUCAUCGAAAGAAACGUUGAGCAUCGAUAGGCAUGAAAUUGAACAUAUUCCUGAUAUAGAGAUUAAAAACAAUAAAUAUAAUUUCUCGGAUGGAAUUGGAAAAAUUUCAGCUGAUUUUGCUAAAAGCGUGGCUAUAAAGUGUGACAUUGGAGGUUUGACUCCAUCGGCAUUCCAAAUUAGAUAUGGUGGGUACAAAGGUGUUGUAGCUGUGGAUCCCACGUCUCCAUCUAAGUUGUCCUUGAGAAAAAGCAUGCUCAAGUAUGAAUCGGACAACACAAAACUGGAUGUUUUGGGGUGGAGCAAAUAUCAGCCUUUUUUCCUCAAUCGACAGUUGAUCACUCUUCUGUCAACGCUUGGAGUUAGAGAUCGUGUGUUUGAAAUUAAGCAAAAAGAAGCUGUAAAACAACUGGACAUGAUUUUAACGGAUCCGAUAAGAGCACAGGAGGCACUCGAGGACAUGUCUCCGGGAGAACACAAUCGGGUCCUUAGAGAAAUGCUGACGUGUGGUUAUAAGCCUGAUGCUGAGCCAUUCCUCUCAAUGAUGCUGCAAACUUUUCGGGCAUCAAAGCUGUUGGAAAUGAGGACUAAGACACGGAUUUUUGUUCCAAAUGGAAGAUCAAUGUUGGGAUGCCUUGAUGAAACUAGGACUCUAGAAUAUGGGCAGGUGUUUGUUCAAAUAUCUUGCGUUGGGAGUAAGCAGCUUUAUGAUAAUGAACUGUUUACAUUCAGAAGAGAUGACUCUGAUAAGAGGUCUACUGUGCUCGAGGGUAGAGUACUUGUUGCUAAAUGCCCAUGUCUCCACCCAGGUGACGUGCGUGUCUUGCGGGCCGUCAAUGUCCCAGCUUUACACCAUAUGGUUGACUGCGUGGUUUUUCCACAAAAAGGAAAAAGACCACACCCAAAUGAAUGCUCGGGAAGCGAUUUGGAUGGAGACGUGUACUUUGUAAGCUGGGAUGACAAACUUAUUCCACCUCGUCAAAUCCCACCCAUGGAAUACAUUGCCAAACCGCCUGUUUUGCUGGAUCACGAUGUUGAAAUUGAGGAAGUCGAGGAGUACUUCACAGACUACAUGGUCAAUGACAACUUCCGUGUCAUUGCGAACACCCACACUGUAUUUGCCGACAAGGAGCCACUCAAGGCCAACAGCAAGCCGUGCAUCAAGCUCGCGAAACUUUUCUCGAUUGCAAUCGAUUUCUCCAAGACCGGCAUCCUGGCUGAAAUCCCACCCUAUCUCCAUGUCAAGGAAUACCCCGACUUCAUGGAGAAGCCCAACAAGUGCACCUAUGAAUCAACCGGAGUGCUUGGGAAGCUCUUCCGGGCAAUAAAGGACAUCGCCCCGCAAUCUAGUCAAAUCAAAUCCUUCACUAGGGAGGUUGCCCAGCAGUCAUAUGACCCUGACAUGGAAGUCGAUGGCUUCGAGGACUACCUCGAUGAGGCGUGCUGGCACAAGGAACAGUACGACUUCAAGCUCGGUAAUCUGAUGGAGCAUUACGGGAUUACAACAGAGGCAGAGAUCAUCAGUGGCAGUAUCACGAAGCUGGAAAAAUCCUUCAUGAACAAAAAGGAAGACAAUGUCAAGGUGAUAAGCCUGGCUGUGCAGUCCUUGAAGAAGGAAGUGAGGGGGUGGUUCUAUGAAAAGGGCAGCGAGGUGGACCCACCCACAGACAAUGAAGCAUACGCAAAGGCAUCUGCAUGGUACCAUGUAACGUAUCAUCCUGACUACUUUGGCACAUACAAUGAAGGGCUGAAACGAGACCACUUCAUCAGUUUCCCAUGGUGCAUCUACGACAAGCUGAUUCAGAUCAAGCAGAAGAGUAAGGAGGCCGAGCUGUUGUCAGGCUCAAUCUGAGGUUGGGUUGAGAUCCCAAUCCAUUUUCUUUUAUAAUGUUUUAGUUACAUGAGUGUUGGCAUUGUAAAUUAAAAUGCUCCCUCCAGGCGACGCAAACCAUUCAUACUGUGGGCCGCACGGUGGAAGGGACGUAUCGACUUAAGUUAUCCUAAUCGUCCAAUUUGGUCAGUGUUGAAUGUGGACCAUUGGCUUUAAAGUCUGUUUUCAUCAGAUGGCUAGGAUCAUUUGAUGGGGGGAGAUUUUGGGUAGUAUUCCAUCCCAUGGUGUGUCCAAGCCAAAGGUGGGUCCCAUCCAACCAUGUUGGGCUGAGCUUCAUAUGGUACAUUAGCUCUGUAUAUAUAUAUAUAUGUGGAUUUGUUUGUUUGAUGUGUGCUUUGAUAAGAGUAUUAGACUGACAGUGGCUUUAUUUAGCUGCUUUGUUUCUUGAUGUAUGUAUUAAUCUCUAUAAAAAAUGGAAACUGAUUUUUGGUGUUGUGAGUGGAUA